GCGCUUCUCUGGUCACACCAAACAUGGCAACAACAAUUAUUUCAACCAAAUAAAUUGAAAAUAAUUAAUCUCUGCAUAAAAUGCUGCUAAAUAAAAAGAACCUCAUGUACAAACAGCUGGUGGAAAAGCUGUACGACAAAUGCCAGAAGAUACAGGCGGAAAAUGAGCGCUGUGUGAUGAGGGUAAACGGAAUCAAAAAGAUUGUGAGAAGGCGAAACCACGAUGUGGAAAUACUGAAAAGGCGGCUGGACAAGCACGGCGACGAUUGGCGCUCAGUUCCGAUGGUGGCACCUCAUCCCAAGGGAAAAACCGAGCAGAAACGCCGCGGACCCAAGCCCAAAAACAAACAGGCCGCAGAUGGAACGGGAGCUCCAGGAUCUGAAGCUGGAUCCAAUCCUCCAGUGCCUCGCAAGCCCCGAAAGCCAAAGGCCAAACCGCCAACAACUGCCUUUAAUUCAAUAAUCCCGCCCCCACAUCCCCAACCUCAAAUCGAAACCUGAGUUUGGGCUAUUCUCUGGCAUAUUCUAUUUUUAAGAACAUUAACUAUAGUAUGUACUAUGUAUAUUAGUAAGAUAAAAACUAUACCAUUGUAAAAGUUGAAAUGUUAUAAUUAAAUAAGGCGUAUAAAUAAAUAAAUCAUUUUAUAUUU